AUGCAAAAUAAAGAAGUAGUAGUAAAAUCCUAUGAUCCAGCAAAUAUAACUAAUAAAGUUGAGCUGAGAGUUCAAGAUGCAUCUUUACUCUCAUUAGCAAGGGCUGCAACUGUAGAUCCUGAAUGUUGUGGCUGGUUAUAUGUACUUAACAAUAAGGGAUCAGCUAUUAAUACAUCUCUUCAAUAUCUAAAGUCAUUACAAGAUAGUUGGGAACAUUACUAUUUCAAUAUGAAAGGUGGAAUGAUGUUUGGAUCUAGUAAAAAAGAUGGAUCUACACUAGAGGUUGUAUAUAUUUUGUGUGAUAUGAUUAUAAGUAGUAUAGAUUCAAGCACAGCUUUGCAGAAAGAAUAUAUAACAAGAGAAGAAGAAGCAAGCCUACAACAAAAAUUAGGGAAAGAAAUAACGUUAAUAAUGUUAUUACAUCAUAAUCAAGCAAUUGGUAUUGAGUCUAAUCCUGUAAUAUUUGCUUCAAGUUCCUCAAAUGUAGCCUCUCGUUGGUGUAUUGCAUUAAACAAAACCUUACAAUAUGGUCAAAUGAGAUAUACAGAUGAAUACUUAGAUGAUGAUCUUUCUAAUAAUGGUAGUAAAACUAGAUUAGUACAAGGAAAUUCUUUAAUAGGUUCUACAGUAUCAUUUUACAGAACUAGAGAUAUGACUCAGGUAUCCCAGCAGAUUGAUAAGCUAAAGAAUCAGUUGAAACAAAUGGAAAAUACUAACAAAACUUUAGAAAGCAGAAAUGACCAGUUACAAAAUCAACUGAAGAAAUUACAGAGUACAUUAAAUGUUACUGAAAAAGCAACUAGUGAAGCAGUUGAGCAAAAAACUGUAGAAUUAACUCAAAUUAAGGAAAAUUUGAGUAAUAUAAAAAGUGAAAGAGAUCUUUUAAUUGAAGAAAAGACAAGUUUAUAUAGUAAAUUAUAUCAACUACAAAGAGAAAAUCAAAAUAUUCUGAUGGAAAAAUAUAAUCUCCGAAAUGAAUUUCAAGAGCUCCAAAAUUCAAUUACUUCAGCUAUAGGAGGAGAUAAUACACUACAAAAGUUAAUAGUUCGGCUUCAAUAUUUGAAGAAUUCGAGUCAAAAGUUAUUAAUUGAGAAUAAAAAAUAUAAAAAAGAAAUUCAGGAUAUAUUGAACCAUUAUAGACAGGAACAAGAAAAGUCAAUACAACAAUUAAAUACAGUUAAGGAGCUAUUAUCACAGCAGGAUGUAUUUCAACUUCUGAUUCGCCAAAUGGAUUUGGUACAAGCUAAACUACAAUACCAAGAAGAGGCAUGGAAAAUGCCCGAAAAUCAAGCAGAAAAUCUUCUUUUUUGGAUUCAACAAUUGCAAAACCAAUGGAAAGUAGACGAAGCUGUUGCUAGAGCCUCUUAUUUAAAACAUAGAAGCAUAAUGUUAGGAGAACAAAUGCAAGCAUACACUUUGGGAUUACCUUUGCCAAAGCAUUAUACAAUUAUUCAGGAACUUUUAAAAAAACUGCAAUGUGUAUUUAGAGAGGAAGAAUUUGCAAUUGCAACAAAAUCUGAGUUAUUUUAUAGAGAUAUUCAACCUUUAAAUAAUGAGGGUGGCUCUCAAGAUAAUGGAGAUCUUAAUCAACCUUAUUGGGUCAAUGACAACUUUCAAGAACCUCCAUUAGCAAUUGUCCCUUCUAUAUUCGGUGGAAUAGAAAACAAGAGUAGCAAUGGCAUUGAUGGAAAUACAUCUGAUACUGAUACUAUGGCCUUUGUGUUUAGGACAAAUCAAUAUACUCCUAAGAUUCAUAUUGAUCUACUUAGCCCUCCAGAAAAGAAAGUACCAGAAUCAGAAUACACAAGACUUAAAAGUACAUAUAGAGAACUAAAAGAUAGAUGUGAUAUGUUAGAAUCUGAGAAUGAAAAUUUAAUUGAGAAAAUUCAAAAAAUGAUUAAAUAUAGUCAAGUAUAUUCCAAGAGGCCAAUAAUAUUUCGUCAACAUACUGGAGCUAAUAGCCUUACAGAUAUAGGUCAUAUAUCACCUGUUUAUUCUAAGAAAUCUAGUAUGAAUAAUAUAGAUAAUUUAAAUUUACAUAAUUCAGUAACUGAAAUAACAGAUAAAUCUACAAGUGUAGCUACAGAUGAUAUUAAUAAAUCUUCUAAGACUUCUAAUUCUUAG